UGUGCUGACAACUGUUGUGGAACUAUCUGCACUGAACUCGGAGCUGUCUUUUUCUUCACAAAGAAGGGUAAGAAGAAAAGAGAGAAAAUGGAGAUUGAACCAACUGGUCCAUAUGAGUACUAUGACUACGAAGAGACAGAAAACUCCUCCAUGUGUGACUAUUCUGAGUGGACACCGUCAUACUCUGUCAUCCCAGUGCUGUACAUGCUUAUUUUCAUCCUCGGCCUCUCUGGAAAUGGGGUUGUCAUCUUCACAGUGUGGAGAGCCCAGGGUAAGCGGCGAGCUACUGAUGUCUACAUUGGCAACUUGGCGCUAGCUGACCUCACUUUCGUGGUCACUCUGCCUCUGUGGGCUGUUUACACAGCCAUGGGCUACCACUGGCCCUUCGGAGUGGCCUUGUGCAAGAUCAGCAGCUAUGUAGUCCUGCUCAACAUGUAUGCCAGCGUCUUCUGCCUUACCUGCAUGAGCUUCGACCGCUACCUGGCCAUUGUCCAUUCCAUGUCUAGCACCCAGCUGCGGACCCGUGGCCACACACAAGCCUCCCUGACAGCCAUAUGGCUGCUGUCUGGUCUGCUGGCUGCCCCAACUUUGAUCUUCCGCACCACCAAAUAUGAUCCGACCAGCAACCGCACAUCCUGUGCCAUGGACUUCAGCCUGGUGGUGACCAACAAGAAGCAAGAGAACCUGUGGAUUGCCGGUCUCAGCAUUUCCUCCUCAGCUCUGGGCUUUCUCCUACCCUUCCUGGCGAUGAUGGUGUGCUACGGCUUCAUCGGCUGCACCGUAACCCGCCAUUUCAACACGCUGCGCAAAGAGGACCAGCGUAAGAGGAGGCUGCUGAAGAUCAUCACCACACUGGUGGUGGUGUUUGCCGCCUGCUGGAUGCCCUUCCAUGUCGUGAAGAGUGCUGACGCCCUCUCCUACCUGGAUCUGUUUCCUGACACCUGUGCCUUCCUGCGCUUCCUGCUGCUGGCUCACCCAUACGCCACCUGCCUGGCCUACGUCAACAGCUGCCUCAACCCCUUUCUUUACGCCUUCUUCGACCUGCGCUUCAGAUCCCAAUGUCUGUGCCUACUCAACCUGAAGAAGUCUUUGCAUGCGAGUCCUGUCAGCUCCCUGUCCUCUCAGAAGACAGAGGCUCAGUCUCUGGCCACAAAGGUGUGACGAGAGCCAAGGGCCCAGAUGCAUGCUGGGGAAAAGGUGAACAAUGCAGAAUAAGGCAGGUAAAUCAAAACUUUACAGUGCUGGGUGCUUUCUGACAGAUCGACUGCAGUCUGUUCCAGAUUGCCACCUUUGCUCCUCUCUGACUCUGCGGACGACUGAAAACAACAGUCGGGCUCAUGGUUUGGGGGUCUGACCACACUCAAGCUCCAGCCUCAAUACCAGGUGCAGGGAAGCAAAACUGAACUACUCGAUACAAAGGACCAAACAUGAACCAGACUUAUUUUGAGGGGAAAUAAAGUGGAAUGUAUUUUAAUAGGACGAUGUGCUCACACAUUUCUCUUGGUGAACUUAAUGCAAAAUACUGAGCUUUGAACUCUGUCCUCAAGUCCCCUGGUGAAGUUUAUUCCUCAUGCAUUUGCCCCUGCUGUUCUUGUUUUCAUUUGUAAGCACUUGAGGUGUGAUUUCUACCAGACACUCUGCACUCCAGCUCAGUCUGUAGUAUCUAGAUCACAGCCUGCAGUGUUACAUGUGUUUGCAUAUAUGUGUGUGUGUGUGUGUGUGUAGCAAGGGUGUGCCAGUCAGUAAGAGGUGUUGGAGUCUGAUAAGAGUGUUGUAAGGAGAGAUGAAGAUAGUGUGUGUGUGUGUGCGGGGGUGGGGGGGUUGCAGACAGACAGACAGAUGGCAGCUGACAAAUGUUUUCAGGCUAGUGGAGGGCCCAAUUAAAAGGUGACUGCUCUGACAGUCUGUUGGGGUGUGUGUGUGUGUGAAAGAGAAGGGAAUGAGUUUGUGCAUGUUUGUUGAGUGUCAGAAUGACAGUGAAUUUAAACAUUUUGUGCAUACACAUUGUUUUGGAUGAGUGUUUUAUGAUUUGUAAUAAAAAAAAAGGUGCUUUGAAAAAAACACAAA